UAUAUUGAUAUUAAUAUCAAUUUAACACAGUAUUGUGAUUUUUGUGGAUAUUAUGAAAUUCAGAUUGUGAUUCUGUUGACUAUGAUAUAACUAGUGGGCAAUACGAGGUUUAUACCACAGUCAGCUACUGUUAUCUAUGAUAUAUCAAGUAUGGAAUAUGGCCAGUUAUACCACGGUUGUGUGUUAAACCACUUGUAGAUUGUUUACAGGAGUUGGAGGUUGUUGUGUGUUAAUUCUAGAACCAGGAGUAAACAUUACAAGCUUUUCAACAUGACGUCCCAGUACACAAGUAAGAUCCCUGGUCCGGGUAAAAAACGUUCUUUUUUACCAGCUCCUGUCAAAGCGGCUCCACGGCCUCGGAGCCCUUCUCCGGAACCCGAAUCGGACAACCCUUUUCAAAUAGGGGAAAGAGUGUGUAUUGGUGGAAUUAAAUUCGGAACUUUACAAUAUUUCGGUGAAACACACAUCGCAACCGGUGUUUGGUGUGGCGUUGAACUUGACGAACCUGAGGGAAACCAUGAUGGCAUGGUUCAAGGUCACAGAUACUUUACUUGCGAGGACAAACACGGUAUUUUCGCUCCUGUUGAUAAAGUAGCAAUACUUGAAGAAGAUAUUUAUUUCGAAGACGAUUAUGUUGACACGAGUAGUGAGAUAGAAGAGCCGGUUAUUACUCCCAGAAAACAUCGGCAACAGACAGAAUCGAAAAUCGUCAGAAGUCGUCAUUCCCAGGAUGUUAUUUCCACAACAAAGGAUAGGGAGCCACGAUAUCAAUAUAAAUCACAAUCUGGACGUGGUUCAGGUAUUCGAAAACAUGGCUCCCCGGAUAAACAAAUAAAACAGACCUCUGUUUCAGCAUCGACCUCUAACGAGACACUCAGUAGCCAGACGUCGUCACCUGUAAGGAGCAGAUCUGGAAAUAGAGGUGAAUAUUCUCGUAAAGAUGUCGACAUCGUAAACAAGCCGUCUGCAGAUGGCGAUGACGUAAAGAAGCAACACAAACCUUCACACAUUCCAGGUAUCUCAGGUAUCUCCCGAUUACCUAAAUACUCUUCUAAUUCUAGUAUCAUCAAAUCAUCGUCUAGUUCUGAACAAAUAAAAAGUGCAAUAACCUCUCCUAUUACUAGUCCUCUCUCUCCGGAAUACGAAAAGAUUGACGAUGAAUUGUGUGCCACUUAUACACUGGACAGUGAAAGUGAUAAUAUUUCGAAGGGGGUACGCGUAACCCCCGAAGAGACCUACAGUAACGGCAUCUCGGUGCAGUUGAAAUCAGACAGCCGACAGUAUUUAAAUCUAACUUUUGACCCCGAAACAGGGUAUGCUGGGAAAAAUUUACCGGACGUCGUAGCAUCCAAUUCACCAUCUCCUGAGGGUAAAGAAUAUAAUCGUGCCGCUUAUCGCGAAGGGGGAGACAAUUCAAACAAUACUACCAUUGAUAGUAAUUGUUCGGAAAUUCUCGAAGCGUCACGACUAGACGAUGUUAAUUUAUUGGAUAUAAAUCUACUUGGAUGUGCCGAUGAGAAACAGAAACGUGAAUCUCUGUCCGCGUUGUCAUGUCAAUUCGACAAACUGAAAUUGAGCACCACUCCCAUUGAGAAUCGUAAUCGACAAAUUGUGAAUUUAAAUGACACUUACACAAUGGCUUCUCACGGAGGAGAGAGUGACAAUUAUUCUAAUAGUGCUAAUGUAACUCAAGAUAUGAAAUCUAGUCAGCAACUCUCCAUGGACCAACCUGUUAACAUAGACGAUCAGAAAAAGUUGAUUGAUCUCGAAACCUCGGAACAAAUAUCGCGAUGUAAUAUUGAUAAGUUAGAGACCGAGAUGGAUAAAAGCCUCGAUGACGCUAGUCGUAAAUUAAUGAUGGAUUCUGGUAUAUCUGAAAUGUCAAGUAGUCAGAUGACAGACUCCAUGUCGAUGACGCGAUCACAUCAAAUGGAAAAUAUUCACGCAUGUUUAGUGAGAAGUGAUAUGAUCAAGAGUGUAACUGACAAUGAUCGUAAACUGAUGACUGAUUCAGGAAUAUCAGAACGAGGUAAUAAUCGUGAUGUUAAUGUUGGGUUUGUAACAAGUGAUGUAACUCUUGGUGAAGAUUUGAAAUCUGGACAUAACAAACUUGAACGACCAGUCUCUCUUAUUUCUACAACUAGUGUUGAUACAGGAUAUGUUCCAGAUACUGAUUCCGAGUGUGGCACCAAAACAACCAAUUCACCAGAAUGGCCAGAAAGACUGGGCGAUCAUACCUCAAUGACAGAAAGUCAGAUUAUCCAGUACCAAGAUAGUUUUCAGGAAGAAGUGAAGCACAUAAUUAGCGCCCAGAUUUCAGUAGAUUCGGAUGUUAGUGGAACAACACAUGAUACAGAGACAGAUCAUGAAACAGAUGCCUCCGAUCCUACCAAUAUUAAUAGUUCUACUCUAAAGAUUGAUAUAGCUCCGGAACUAAGAUCCAAUUCAUCUCAUAAUAGCGAAGAUGAUCGAAUUGAAGCUGAUCAAGUUAUUGACGAUGUUGAUGGUGUCAGUGGUGAUAAAACUUUACAAACUAGCACGACAUCACAAGAUACAAAUUCACCCAGCACAGAAAAUAGUUGUGACGUGGUCUCAGUCGUCGAUAAAACCGAAAACGAAAAAGAAUCAACAGACAAUAUGGCUGACAACGCAGACGACGGAACCGAGAACUGUAAAGUAUCAAGUGCAAAAACAUCUCCGAAACAUGCAGCAAAAACUGAUCAUAAAAAACCCAAUGUUAAAGUCACGUCUCGAUUAGCUGACUACAUCAACGCACCAGCACCACCGCCUAAGCCAAAAGACGAUGCCCAAAACAAGAAAAACUUCAUCAAGAUAAACUUAGACAAAAACAAAUCGACAGACAAAAAUGUGGCGAAUAUUCAGAAAACAGAGAGCACAAAAAAGGUGAAGGUCGAAAAAGAACCUCCGAAAUUAAUAAAGCGGACACCACCUAAGAGUAAAUGGGGUUCCAUCAUGUCUCAGAUCGAUGCCCACAAAGACGACAAACCGCCUGCCGUCAAGACAGAAGUUAAAAGUAAACUUCAAGAAUAUCUUUCGACACCCGCACCGACUCCGGUACGAAAGGAAAAACCUCCGAAAAAGGAAACCAAACCUCGUAGUGUGAUAAUGCACGCACCGAAACCCGACUACAGUAAAGUCAAGAGCCGUCUGUCAGUCAUGACAGCAACCCCUAAAGCAGACGCAACCGCUAGCAGUCGAAGAGGGUCAAAGGUAGAUAAGAAGAUUGAAGGGAGUUUACAGGGGUCAGGGGUUAAUUCUACCCGUAGCAGUCGAACGGAUGUCAGUAGCGAGGUGAAUAACCAUGGCAACCAUAAUAACAGAACACCACGAUCAUCUAUAUCCACACCAUUAACGAAACUAGCAGCUGAAAGUAGAAGAUCAAGUGUAUCCAGUAUUAAAUCAGAUAAAUCACAGGGAUCUGUAAAAGUUUCAAACAAUAAAAACAUAAAGAAACCAGAUGACAAAUCGCUAGCCACACCCAAUAAUAAAAGAACCGUGAAAAGCACAAUACCACCAGUGGUAAGGACACCAAAAAAGGUGCUCCCUAAAGUUAACGAGAAAUCUAUCAAGAAAGAUAACUCUCGUAAGCCUUCCCUGAUUAAAACACCUAAAGCCUCUAAUCAGAAUCGCAAUCGAACUCUUCAGAAUACUCCCGGUAGAAGUGCUGGCUAUGGAAAACCAACGACCAAAGAACAAUCUGGCAGUGUGUCCAACUCGUUUCGAUCAACCUCGUCAAAGGAAGUUACGCGACUGGAAUCCCUGUGUGAAGUGAGAACGAAAGAGUUAAAUAUGGUCAAGAUAGAAUUAAAGUCAACAACGCAAGCUCUAGAUGCCAUGACGUGUUUAAUCAAAUAUCUAACACAGGAGUUGGAUGCCUUUUCUUGCCCUCAAAAAACAGCAGAUUUAAAAGAAGCACAAGAACUACAGAAACAAGCCCAAGAACAAAUAGUUGAGCUCCAAAAACAGAAAACGGAACUAGAGGAGAAAUUAUCAGAAAUAACAAAACAACACGAAGAAACUUUAUCUGAGUUAACGAAAUUACAAAAUGAAAUGGUGUCUGAGAAGGAAACGCAUGAAACAACAGUCAAAGAACUGAAAGAGCAGCAUGAAAAAUCUAUGGCAUUACAAAAAGAAAAGGUGGAAACGGAAAAUGCAAAAGAAAAUGCCAAAUUGAAAGAAAACCAUGAAAAAAUGCAUCAUUUUAUGAAAGUUCAAAGUGAAAGAGAGAUUGCUGAUAUGAAGUUUGAAUCACAGAGUAGAUUGGAUAUGUUACGUGUAAAACAUCUGGAAGAAAUCCAAGAAUUAAGAAAUAAGCAUGACAUACAAAUGGAAGAACUCCACAAACAACACCGAGAUAAGUUAGAAGAUAUAACACACAGAUUUGAAUGUAUUAAAUGUUCUCUUGGGGAUAAAGUCGAGACGUUAAGAAGAGAAUGCGAUGAGUUAAAAUAUCGAGCGAAACAAAGUGAGGAAGCUUUGUUCAGAGACACAGAUGUGAAAGUUCAGAUGGCGUUAGCACCCUAUAGACAUUUGCCUGAGGAAGUGGAAAGUUUGAAAACAGUUGUAGAAAUGAGAAAUGAAGAGAUCAUGAAGCUGAGAAAAGUUAACAUGGACUUAGAAAAACAGUUGGAUGAACUGCCAAUUGCUCGAGAGAAGAUUAUCUCCCUUCAACAGAAGAUUGAGAAUUUGGAUGCCAUUGUUAACAUCAAGAGUGGACAUGAAAAACAACUCCAUGACAAGGUUCAGAUUCUGAUGACAAAAUAUGCGAAGGAAUCCAAAGCUAACAAGCGAUUGUCGAUGGAUUACGAGGAAUUGAUGUACAAAUUGGCAGCAUCACCGGACGUGAUGACCGCAAGUCAAGAAAGUUUGUUUAAACGUCAGAUAAGUCGAUCUCCUCCCGGCAGUGAAUGUAGUUCUCCAGAUUUACGUCGAAAAACGCGAUCACCUUUUGACAAUGAUGACCAAUCACCAAGCAGGCGAUCAGGAAGGGCAAAUGGUGACAGGAAGUCUGCUACAGAUGACACUUUGGAACGUAAAAUUAAUCGACGUUCGCAAACUUUUGUGGUCGAUAAGAAAAACUCAAACUCAUCAAGUCCUAAUAGACAUUUAUCUCCCAAUAAAAACGGACAAGAUUCUCCAAUGUCAAGGUCAUUGGAAUUAUCGGAUGGGAAUCAAUCGCAGUUGUCUGGUGUUGGGUCGGAGUUACCUCCCUCAGACAGUACAGAUAAUGAACUGUCUGUGUCUUUAAAUGAACUUGGUGUCGCAGCGUUAGAAGACUCACUUGUGUCCAUUAAUUCAAACUCACCCUGUUUAUCGGACUCAGAAGUAUUCGAAAGUCCGCAAAAACAAAAACGAAACAUUGUAGAAGAAGAUGACGGGGCUGUGAAAGUAGAAACAGAUGUGUAAUUUAUUUCCCCCAAAGAUUGUUUAGUUGUAGCUUGAUAACUCGGACACUAGGACAGUAAAAGAGCAGUCUGAAACAAGAGAAACAAAUUUGUAAAUUUCUUUAUAAAAUGUCUCCACCUAUAGUUACAAUUUGUGUAAAAAAAAACGAAAAAAACCCCAACACACUGAAUAUUUCGAAGGAGAAAUAGUUAUGAAUGUGUUACCUUGAGAAUGAUUUAAUUCUAGAUACAAACAGUGCUGACUCUUAGAGUGUUAAUAAUGUCUAGAUUAAGACUGGGCUGACUCCAGGGUGUUAAUAAUGCAAAUAGACAAUCAUUUAAAGUGGAAUUUAUCUAUACACCUGUGAGUUUCUACAUAAAGUUAUGUAGAACAAAAGAAAAAAGCAUGGUAUUUUGAGGAUAGAUCUAUUUAUACAGAUGACAGUUUUAAAUUGCUGUCCAUUCCUAUUUAUACUAGUGACUGAUAUUAUGAUGUUUAAAUGAUAGAUAUAUAUUGAAGUAGUGAAUUUUGAAUAUAGUGUAAAUUGAUUAAGAUUGUAUAUGACAUCAAUAAUCAAUCAGAUUUCAUAUGAAAUCAAUCAAUCACUGUAAAUUAAUCAAUAAUCAAUAAGUCAGAAUUUGUUCCGCAGGAAGCAUUUAUUUCAGCUGGUCAAAGUAGAGAGUUUAUUUAAUUUUAAUAAUUUAAUAAUGAUUAGUCUAGAUAUGUAUUAUAUAAGACAGAGAUUCUGCCAUGGAAUAUAUUGGCCUUUAGAAAACAUGUAGAUAAAAAUGUUUUUAAGUAAAAAUAUAAUGACCGCCACUAUCAUUUAUUUCUUACGAUACAUUAUGUAAGAGCUAAAUCUUUAUUAGUCUUGUUUGUCCAGUACCAUUGCUACAAUAAUUAACAAUCAACGCAACAUCUUCCAACACUCAUAACUUGGCUCAAAAUGAAAUAAUUUGAAUGAAAUUUUCAAUAUAUUCAUUUUUCAUUAUCUAUUUUUAAACUACUAUACAGACAAUUGUUAGCUUUUUAUCUAAAUCUUACAUAAUGCAAUUAUUAAGACAGUGAAAUGUUCAGAUUACAAGGGAGAAUGUUAGUAGGCCUACUUAAUUGUACUGUCUGUAUCUCACCUGAUUUCUGAUCCUUGUGAAUUAAAUUUACUGUAAUUGUGCAGAUCACCAACAAACAUGUUGACCUAUUUCGAUACCAGUACUUAAUUGUACUAUCAAAUGAUUUCUGAUCCAUGGACAAUUUGUUGGUUAAUUUACUUUAUCUGUCUCUGUCAUUUCAAGAUUAUUUGUUACCGAAAUCCAUUUAUGUUAGUGUAGGAAGUUUAUUAAAAUAGUUCUGACUCUUGAGAAUAUAAUAUGUCUCAUAGUUCUGACUUAUGGGAAUAUAUGUCUCAUAGUUCUGACUUUUGAGAAUGUAUGUCUCAUAGUUCUGACUUUUAAGAAUAUACGUCUCAUAUCAUAUGUUUAUUGUGUAAUCUUGUUAUUGUUACAAGAUGUUGGGGGCUCAAGUGCUCUUAAAGCUGAACUCCGAUUACAAAACUACAGAAAUAAUUAAAUAAAAAAAAGGUCAGUUUUGGUCUCCACGGAAACAUACAAUGUUCAACGCAACUGUGGUAAUAUAUGGCAAUAUAUCCCCAGUAAAAUUUUAAGAACCAGUGAAAUCUUUUUGGUUUUUUUUUUUAAAAAAAAAUCUAAUUUAUAAAUGUAUACAUAUUCAUUAAUUACUAGAUGUAAUAUAUAUAAAUUUGUUUCAAGACACACUUUGACAGUUAUUAGACAUAUCAUUUAUUGUUUAAUUAUUUUGAAUAUUUAGUUUGUUAAGAAUUAUAAAGCAAAGUCUAAGGGUUCUUCAAGGCAAGGCUCUCAUUUUGUUCCUGCAUACAGAUUCUGUCAGGUAGUAUUGAAUGUGUCAAAUAGUAGCGUAUGAAGACGUUGAAGACCUGUUGUUUAAAAUGUGCAUCAAAUAUUUUAGUAAACAAUCGGAUAUUAAAACCUGUCCAAAUUUUGUUAACAGAAAUACUGUACAUUAGAAAAAUGCUGGCAACUGUUUUGUUGUGUCAUUAUGAGUCAUGUAUAAAUUUCUACUGUAAAUAUAAAAUAAUUAUGUGAUUAGUUGAUUUGAUAUUUAAGGCAGCAUAUAUGAUUUAGUUAUUUUUCUUUGCACUGUACAGUUAUUCUGUCUUUAUGUAGAGUGGAUGUUAAACCCUCUCUCUCUCUCUCUCUCUCUCUCAACAAGUACUCGCGUACAAUGGACCAGGAACAGAGCACCAUUAUCGCGGACAUUAUGGAAUUAUGAAGACGGAGCCUCAGACUUUUUCGAAUAGUUUAGCUGGCAAGAUGAAGAACAUCACGAGUAGGACUCUGAAUCCAGUUCCUGGUACAGAAAUAUAGGCCUACAUUGUUGUAGUCUAGACAACCUGAAGAAGAAUAAUUUGGUUGUUAUAAUAUUAUAAAGAACUUUAUCUUUAUUACAAAAUAAUAAUUCAACGGUUGCUGUAAUACAGAACUUUUUCUAUUUACAAAAGAAUAGAUUUUCUCAUUUUUCUCCCCCUGUAGUCGCUAGUUGAAAUGUGAGAAGAAAAAGGUGACAUUUUGUAAUUUCUAUUUUACCUUUGAUUUCAUUGUUUUGUUGAAGUUUAAAUAGUGUCAAUCGUAUUAAAUCGUGAUCUUGUUGCA